AUGGUGGACAUCGACAAUUGUGUGGUGUCGGUGGGCAUGGGCCGGUACCAGUUCGUGGGCUGCACGCUGUUCGGCCUGAUGAUCAUGUAUUCGAACGUGUCGCCGGUCACCUACGUCUUCACAGCCAGCGAUUUGAAAUACAGGUGUGAAAUACCGGAAUGCGACUUGUCGAACCCGGAAUACGAGCCUAAAUGGUUGCGGUUCACGAUACCUUACAGAAACGAAACGAAACAGCCUCGCAAGUGUUUGCGGUAUGCUGCGUUGUCUGGUCCGCUGAUAAACGGUACGCGGUGCUCGUCCGGUGGAUUUAACGAAAGCUUGACUGAGUGGUGCCGCGACCGUUGGGUGUUCGAAGACUUCGAAAACACCAUCGGCACUGAGUUUGGACUCAUGUGUGAGGAUAACAAAUGGAAGCUGUCAAUGGUGGGAACGAUCAACAAUUUCGGUCAAUUUAUCGGAAUACCAGUGUCAGGGAUCGUUGCUGACAGGUACGGCCGAAAGUUCACUAUGGUGUUUUGUGCAGCUACAUCAGCCGCAUUAUGUAUAAUCCAGUCAUUUUCAAACAGUUAUUCGAUGUUCAUGGUUUUAGAAUUUGUGUCUUCGAUCGUGUCCAGUGGAAUUUACACGGUUACUUUUAUAUUAGCAAUGGAGCUGUUUUUGCCACACCAGCGUGUACUCUAUUAUUCGAUUCUAGAAUGUUUCCUCCCGGUUGGCUCUAUUUUAGUGGCUUAUAUCGCCAGCCUAGUGCAAGACUGGAGGAUUUUAUUGCGGCUAGUCAACAUCCCGGGAUUGCUGUUCUUGUCAUAUUUUUGGCUAACAGAAGAAUCGAUGAGGUGGCUGGAAAGUCAAGGCAAACACGACAAAGUGAUCAACGCGCUCAAGAAAAUAGCGGCUGUCAAUAAAAAGCCUUUUCCCGACCUGCCUACAAACACCCAAGUACAGAGCUUGGAAAGUUUGGACGAUAAAGACGCAAAUUUCAGCAGUAUUAUAAAAGACAUAAUCCGUUCUUCGACAAUAUUCUGGAGGAUGAUCAGGUGUUCGUACGUGUGGAUAGCGGUGACCCUGGUAUACUACGGCCUGACCAUAAGCUCGACGGACAUCGCCGGAGACAAGUAUCUGAACUUCUCGUUAGUGUUGUUAGUCGAGAUCCCAGCUUGUCUGUUGAACUGGCUGAUAAUGGAAGGCAUGUCGAGAAAAAUGUCGCUCUGUUGCAUGUUUGUGUUCAGCGGCGUCACUUGCGUCACGUACAACCUGAUGCCCACUGAAUACUACUUGAUAAAGCUGUCGCUGUACUUGGUCAGCAAACUAGCGAUAUCCAUCGCGUUUUGCAUAAUUUACAUGCUGACAGCGGAGAUAUUCCCCACCAGGAUGAGGGCCACCAUGAUGUCCAUGUGCUCCAUGCUCGGUCGGAUAGGGUCCAUGUUGUCGCCUCAGGCCACGCUCUUGACGGAGUACUUUGGCGUGUACGCGACAAUGCUCGUGUUCGGCAUGACCGCACUCGCAGCCGCGGCCAUCACCAUGACUUUGCCGGAAAGUAAAAACAUCAAAUUGCCCGACACCAUCGACGAAGCCAAAGAGAUCGGCACCGAUGUCAAACCGAAAAACAUCGGAAAAAACUCGCCGUAG